UCAUCUGUGUUCUUAUUAUUUCAGACAGAAUGUUGUUGCGAGAUGUAAAAGCUCUUACCCUCCACUAUGACCGCUAUACCACCUCCCGUAGACUGGAUCCAAUCCCACAGUUGAAAUGUGUUGGAGGCACAGCUGGUUGUGAUUCUUAUACCCCAAAAGUCAUACAGUGUCAGAACAAAGGCUGGGAUGGUUAUGAUGUACAGUGGGAAUGUAAAACUGAUUUAGAUGUUGCAUACAAAUUUGGAAAAACUGUGGUGAGCUGUGAGGGCUAUGAGUCCUCUGAAGACCAGUAUGUACUAAGAGGUUCCUGUGGCUUGGAGUAUCACUUAGAUUAUACAGAAAUUGGUCUGCAAAAAUUGAAAGAGUCUGGAAAACACCCUGGCUUCUCUUUCUCUGAUUAUUAUUAUAAGUUGUACUCUGCAGAUUCCUGUGGCGUUGGUGGAUUGGUUACCAUUGCCGUGCUGCUUACUAUUGCCUUUGUAAUUUAUAAGUUGUUCCUUAGUGAUGGUCAGUAUUCUCCACCACCAUAUUCUGAGUAUCCUCCAUAUUCCCAGCAUUACCAGCGGUUCACCAACUCAGCAGGACCCUCUCCCCCAGGCUUUAAGUCAGAGUUCACAGGACCACACAAUACUGGCCAUGAUACAGCUUCUGAUUUGGGGAAUGCUUUUGCAGGACCACAAGGAUAUGAAAAUUCAGGACCAGGAUUCUGGACUGGCCUGGGAACUGGAGGAAUAUUAGGAUAUUUGUUUGGCAGCAAUAGAGCAGCAACACCCUUUUCAAACUCAUGGUACUACCCAUCUUACCCUCCGUACUCUAGCACCUGGAAUAGUCGUGCUUACUCACCACUUCAUGGAGGCCCAGGGAGCUACUCAGCAUGUUCAAACUCAGAAACGAAAACCAGAACGGCAACGGGAUAUGGUGGUACCAGAAGACGAUAAGGUAGAAGAUUGAAGUCAAACACUGGAUGCAAAAUUUCUGAUUUUUCAUCCUCUUAAAAAAAAAAAAAAAAAAAAAAAAAAAAAAAAAAACUACUGCUAACAUCUGGGGAAAGGGGAUGUUCAAAAUUUCUGUGGUGUUCUGUCCCGUAUAGCUUUUUGUAUUCUGUUAAGAGAUGAUAGUAUGACAAAAUGCUUAUGUAUUGUAUGUUAGUAUAAUAAGCAGGUGUAUAUUGCAGUUUUUGCAAGUGAUUGCUAAGGAAUGCUGAAAAUGUGUUGUUUAUUUAUAAAACCUGUAAUACUAUAAGGAGCAUUAAUAAUGAAGGCAUUAAACCAGUAGAAACUGAUUAUAGAAAUUUUCAGUCUCAGGUGGUUUUAGUCAGUGAGUCAUUACUUCAUAGAAAUAAUAAUAUUCUGUACUUUAUUUGGUGUUCUCUGUCUUUCAAAUAUUUAAAUCAAGUUUUGGACUACUGAUAAUGCUAAUUUGUGGGUUUUGAUCAUUUUUAAGCUCUAAAGCAUUGAAUCCUUCAGUGGUAAUGGACUUAUGGUAAAUGAGAAUUAUCUUUUUAUAGGAAAGGGUGGAAAAUAAGGAUCUUAGAAGGUUGUUGUGAAUGAUUAUGUGCUGACAAAAAUGCUUGAAGUUUUUGUAUUUCUUCCGUUCCCAAGAGGUAAAGUUCAGAUACUUCAAGAAAGGUCUUCUAAUAGCAAAAGCAUGCACUUCUCUGUGGAAUCUCAAAUAUUGUUAAUAGUCUGUUUCAGUCUUACCUUAAUAUGAUAUAAUAAAUAAAAACAAACAAGA